AGCAGUGUAUUGCGUCGUCACGACCAUCGUGAUAAAAAAAUUUUGCGGUGAUUAGACAGAAAUAUCGAAAGAUCGCAUAACAGGGAGACUGCCAGACAAGCUUAUUACAUUCAUUAAUCAAUAACGGAAAGCAAAUCGUAAUAUCUAAAAAUGACUGUAAAGGCGGUUUGCGUUCUCAAUGGAGACGUCAAGGGUACCUUGUAUUUUGAACAGGCUGGAGAAUCCAGCCCUGUCAAGGUUACCGGUGAAGUGACAGGGCUACAGCCAGGACUUCACGGCUUCCACAUCCAUGAAUUUGGCGACAAUACUAAUGGCUGUACCAGCGCUGGUCCUCACUUCAAUCCAUUCAGCAAAGAGCAUGGAGGACCAGAUGCCUCAGUACGUCAUGUUGGGGACUUGGGUAAUGUUGAAGCUGGAAAGGAUGGUGUUGCCAAGGUCAACAUAACAGAUAAGCAGAUUCAGCUUCUUGGGCAACACAAUAUCAUUGGCAGAACACUUGUGGUACACGCAGAUCCUGACGAUUUGGGAUUGGGUGGUCACGAACUUUCCAAGACAACUGGGAAUGCUGGUGGUCGUCUAGCUUGUGGUGUUAUCGGUAUCACAAAAGCUCAAUGACUACUUACCAAGCUUUGAAAAUUUCGCAAGGAUUUAUUAUUGUUGUUGGUUCCUAUGAUUAGCAUCUUGGCUCCUAUAAAGGUGAUUUGUCAUUCCCGGUAAUAUUAAUAUGGUAAUGGAACUAUCUGUUACAUCGCUUAGCCCCGAGCAAGCAUUGAAAUAAAAUCUUCAGAAAAUA